CUAAAAGCUUUUUGUUCAAUGGAGCUUUAAUCAAGCCAGGCUGGGUUCUUACCAUCGCCAAUGCCCUCAGGCGAGAUGGACGGCCCAUUAAACUACACAAACUCAAAGUUGUCUUGGGUGAAUUUAAUCGCAAUAAAGUGGACGGAACGGAAAAAUUUCGACGAAUUCGACGGGUUGUGGUACAUCCGGGAUACAGUAGAUCUAACCUGUCGAAUAACAUAGCGUUACUGCAACUGGAGAAACCAGUGAAGCCUAAUAAAUACAUUCGAAUGGUUUGCAUCCCAAGGAGAAAACGAGAUUCAAGAUUAGAAAAACCCCCAAAUUACGGUACAGUAGCAGGGUGGGGUACAACGAAAAAAAUCCGCAUUGGCCAAGCUACAGGACCAUUAUCAGUCGAGCUCCAGCAAGUAACAAUACCUAUUGUACCAAAUAAGGAAUGCAAAAGAGCUUCUAUUUACAGAUAUGAUUCGUCGCUUAAUUUCUGUGCUGGCUAUAGAAAAAAACCGAAAGAUCCUUGUUUCGCAGACAUUGGUAGUCCACUGGUCAUGCAGAAUCCUCGCACAGGACGAUGGGUAGUUGUUGGACUUUUCGGUUGGAGCGAGGGCUGUGCACAGCCAAGAAAAUACUCUUAUUACACGCGGGUAUCGAAGUACAGUCGCUGGAUACUGUCUGUGAUCAGAAGGCGACACUAGAUCAGUAAACCGCAUGCAUGGUUCAAUAUCAAGGCGACUUCGACUUGCGUGGUUUAUAUAUGUACAUAUAUAUAAGACUAUGCAUGAACUACUGGGGCAGGUCGAGGCUGAUCUUCCGCGAGGGUAACAAUGAAAAAGCAAGGCAAUGGAUCUGCUUCCGAUUAUCUUUGUUUGUGUUUACGUUUGGGGAGACUGGCAUUUAUAUAAGUUCGUUGACUUCUCCAUCGCACAGCGGGAUGGCGUCUUAAUUAACUUGAAUCCUCAAUAAUUUUGCACCAUCGAUCUAUGUCUCGAUUCAUGUUGAACUUAUGAGAAGAACUCUCCGAGAGAGUAAAGUAACUGACAUCCAAUUCAGUGGACUUAUUAACGAUUCGCUGUGUAAGACUCUCCAUGUACUAAGCUCUUGGCUGUUUUAAUCAGAAAGCUCCAGCUCUAACUUACCAUAAAAGUAAAGAGUCAAACUGGCCAUAAUUGAUCAUCUCCACUUUGUAAAUCUACUACAAAUCCCUAUACUCUUCAGUAUCCAUCAUAGCACCACGAACAGCAAGUGUAACUAACUUAAGUUUCCUUUUGUCUUUCUAAGGGUUUUUUUUCAUUAAUUCAAUCAAUAUAUAAUGGACAAACCAAAUUAAAAACUUGAGAAUGAAGAGUCAUUGAACUUACUUGGUUGUUUUGCUUUUUAUUCAUCAAGUACAUGUACUGACCGCCUUGUGGUCCAGUGACUCGGCAUAUGCAAAAGCUAAUGACUGCAAUGAUCUUGAGCCUGCAAAUCUUAGAAUAAGCAGCAAACGACGAAAAUAUGAAUGAAUAUAGGAAAUAGGAAGAUUACUUGACAGAAACUACGAGCUCAAAAAUAUUUAACUGAAAUUCGCUUUACAUACAGUUUUGUAACGGAUCAAACGCAUGAAUACUCUAUACAUAUACUUAUGUAUAUGUCCUAGAACUGGUUCAAAACUGACAUCUUUCCACAUAUAGCUAGAGGAUUUGCACCAUCACUGAUGGCAUCCAUGACAAGAGACACGACAAUAGAGUCUUUUUCCCCAGGAAACUAAAUGCGUUCCCAUAAAAAUCAGAUUAGACCAGAUUCAGUUGUUCCUGCCUCCUGUCAGGGCUGCCAUCCUUUGAUGGUGCAAAUCUAUUAUACAACGGUUCUUUUGUCACACAGGAAGCACUGAAUUGAAGCUGCAAGAAAUGUCUUCAUUGCUGUCUCAGUUGAAUGCUUUGUGUCUGAACAAUGAACUGAUGUGUUGUGGUAAACAUGGAGGGAGAAUGCACUUAUUUUGUCCUGCAAAUGUGAAUCUGGUGACAAGAAAUAUUCUUCCUUUACCACUUAUUUACCUUUCAUUUGCCAUCAGUUUUGUGUUUGUUAUUUUGUGACCAACCCUUCCAAAGGGCUCGAAAAUGUAUACACUUUUUCUGAGAUAAAAUUUGUGCAUUAAUUGAGGUAAAGCUAGCAUCAGUACUCGCAUUUUUUGUUCUUAUGGCUUAUUAGGCAUUCCAAGAUUGAGGAAAAAACUGGAUCGAGUUGGCAUCGCAGUGCAUUGUAGGACUGUUUUAGGGGACGAAAUAGACGCCAUCUUGAAAACACGUCCCCUAACACAGUCCCACAAUGCACUGCAAUGCCAACUCGACCAAGGUUUCUCCUCAUCCUCGGAAUAAUGUGGUGUUGCAUGUAUCGAAUUUAGACCACAAUGCCUCAUCCUCUUUUUCACUUCUCUCCCCUAGUUGUCAGUUUAUAACCAGUAACUUAGACUCGUGUACAUUUUUAGUUAUUUUGUACAGUAUCCAGAUGAUGUAGCAAUAUCAGCCUUAAGCUUGGGAACCUUGGGAACAAUGCACACCAUUAUAAUACAUACUAGAAUAAUACUAAAUAAAAAAAUUAAAAUAUAUAUAAAAUGAAAUAAUAAUUAAAAAAAGUUAUCUAAAUAAAGCCGCCAUUUUGAAAUGUAACCAAGCUUAAGUUGGAUCUUUAACAAAUUAAAUACACCAAGUGUUACAUUUGGUAAUUUUCGUUCAAUAUCAGCUUUAAAUUCAACUUGUUUAGUGCUAGUAAGUGAUACAAUUUCGUACAUUUUCCUUUAUGACAGUUUUAAAUUCAACUUUGGUUUUGAAUAUCGCGAUUUUGUCAUUAAAAAUAUUUGUAAAUAUUCUGAAUGACAAAAUAUACAAAACUAUAUUAUAAUAUAGGACAUUAUAUUUUGACAUCACGAAACCUAUUAGUAGAGAUUCAUCACAUUUAGGUCCUUUGAUGUGAUAGCUAGUUUAUAUUUUUUGCGUCACAAAAGGUACCAACUUGAUUUUUUUCUUACUUCUUGGUUACAUUUUAAAAUGGUUUUUACCACCAAGGAAAGCGGUCACUGAUGAUUACGAUAAUUCGUUAAGCAACACAAUCUUUUUUUGAGAACUUUGUGUAGCUGAAUACCUAAGCUUUAUUGCAAGGCAAAUGUAUAAUAAAUUAAUGGAUUAUUAAUUUGCAAUGACGUCAUACAAUCUAGUAUAGGUAGGUGCACUAUAACUUAUACUUCAACAAGCUUGGCUCAUUCAUAAAGAAAGCUGCAAAUUUUGAUUGACACAUAGUGACUGCAGAGAAGUAUAAGCAAUGUUGCAUUGAGACGACACUUACCUAUGCUAAAGUAUCAGCCUAUAAAAUACUGAGUAAAAAACAAUUUAUUUAUAUACAUUAUGAAAACGUUAGACCCUGACAAAUGAUCCCAACAUUUGACCCAGCAUAUAUUUAUCAAACAUUUGACCCAAAAUUUAGCUUUCAUUUUGAACCAAUAUUAGCCAACAUUUUGACUCGACCAAACCAUUACAAACGAUCCUUCCAUUGUUAGGGCCUUUAGUCUUCAAAUGGCCGUAUCUAAAGCUAAGAAUUCCGAAGUGACUGACAAAGACAUGGCAGCCAUAUUGGAUGAAUUGAAUCACAUUUAUUUUGUUUAUCAUCCAACAUGGCGGCCAUGACGCCACAUGCUAUCAAAUAAAAAGUUCAUUUAUUA